UUCAGAGAGCCACUCGGGCGGGCGGAGUGUCUCGUGAUAAGUGCUAGUUCUCGCGGGAACUGCAUUCAAAAAGCUCUGGCGCUUUCCCGAGACUCACGGAAUGAAUGAGAGGAUGUUUCCUUGGUGAGUAGGAUAAAAAUAGGUAAAGAAUAUGGAGGCAGAUGUAAUUGCAGAUCUUCGAAGCAAGCUUAAAGAGGUUGAAAAAGAACGACUAACAGCUGCACAGUAUGGUUUACAACUGCUAGAGAGCCAGAACGAGCUGCAGAAUCAAUUGGAUAAAUACCGUAAUGAAAUGAUGACCUUGACCGAGAAUUACGAACAAGAAAAAUACACUCUUCAGAGAGAGGUUGAACUCAAGAGUCGAAUGUUAGAAAGUUUGACCUGUGAAUGUGAAGCUAUUAAACAACAGCAGAAAGUGCAGCUGGAACAAUUAGAAGAGCAAUUGAGUAGAAGCCAUGGACAAGAAAUGAAUGAACUAAAAAAUAAGUUAGAAAAACUGAAAGCGGAGUUAGAUGAAGCUAGGCUUAGUGAAAAGCAAUUGAAGCACAAAGUAGAUCACCAGAAGGAACUCCUGGCUCAUAAAUCAGAGGAAAUACGGAUAAUGUCUGAGCGUGUACAUGAAAGCAUGUCCUCGGAGAUGCUGGCUCUCCAGAUCGAGCUGACUGAAAUGGAAAGUCUGAAGACCACCCUCAAAGAAGAAGUGAAUGAACUACAGUACAGACAGGAGCAACUAGAAAGUCUUAGCAAUAACCUAAUGCGCCAGGUGGACCGGCUUAAAGGGGAGAAAGAAGAGCGGGAGAGAGAAGUAGUUUCUUACUAUAAUGCCUUAGAGAAAGCUCGUGUAGAAAAUCAAGAUCUUCAGGUGCAGUUGAAUCAGGCACUCCAGCAAGCCUUGGAUCCCAAUAGUAAAGGCAACUCUUUGUUUGCAGAGGUGGAAGAUCGAAGGGCAGCCAUGGAACGCCAGCUUAUAAGUAUGAAAGUCAAGUAUCAGUCGCUAAAGAAACAGAAUGCAUUUAAUAGAGAACAGAUGCAAAGAAUGAAGCUUCAGAUUUCCACGUUGCUACAGAUGAAAGGAUCUCAGACUGAAUUUGAGCAGCAGGAACGGUUGUUUGCCAUGUUGGAGCAGAAGAAUGGUGAAAUAAAACAUCUUUUAGGUGAAAUGAGAAAUCUGGAGAAAUUUAAGAAUUUAUAUGAAAGUAUGGAAUCUAAGGCUUCCAUGCCAAGCAGUUCUGGUGUUCAAGAAGACAGAACCUACUAUACAGAUUUACUUCAGCUAAAACUUGAUAACUUAAACAAAGAAAAUGAAAGCACCAAGGGUGAAUUGUCUAUACAGCGAAUGAAAGCAUUAUUUGAGAGCCAGCGAGCCCUUGAUAUUGAGAGAAAACUUUUUGCAAAUGAAAGAUGCCUACAGCUUUCAGAAAGUGAAAAUAUGAAACUAAGAGCUAAACUAGAUGAGUUAAAGCUGAAGUAUGAACUUGAAGAGAAAACUGAAGUGCCUGUACUCAAAAAGAGGCGUGAGGUGCUGCCUAUGGAUGUAACCAUCCCUAAAGAUGUGUGUUCCAACGAUACUGAUGGGGAAGGAGUUUCUAGAUUUCCACCUCAGAAAGAUGAGGCGCGGUCCUGUCCUAAUAAUUUAGAAGAUGCCAACUUGCAGUUAGAAAAACCAGUUUCUACAAACACACCCAUAGCCUCUUUCUCUCCUCACACAAACCUGCCCAUGGAAAUGCAGCUGAAGAAAGAAAAGAAAUGUGUGAAGCUCAUAGACGAGCCAGCUGAUGCUGAGGCCUUAAGUGAAAGAAGUGGAAAUACGCCCCACUCUCCCAGGUUAGCUGCUGAAGCAAAGCUUCAGACAGAAGCUCAAGAAGGGAAAGAAGCUGCAAGCAAACUGGAAAAGGAAUCUUGUAAGAAAUCACAUCCUAUUCUGUAUGUGUCCUCCAAAUCAACUCCAGAGACCCAGUGUCCUCAGCAGUAAAGACUUCUCUUUAGAAAAGUGAGCUACUACUUGCUUAGUGAAGAUUAUGAUUAUCUGAAGGACACCUCCUUGUGGAUUCCUGCCACCUACCCAUUCCUCCCAGUCCUGGUUUUUCAUGAUUCUUUGUCGAGUGCUGAAAAUUUGGUUGUGAUUCUAACCUGAAGAGACUCUUAAUUGAUGACCCUUUAUGCAGCUUCUGUGAGUCACGGUGAUGUUACAAUUCAUAUAAAUCUGUUGGCUGCAUUGUAUCUGAAUUUUUAAAGUCAUGUGAACGUUUAAUCUCCAUUCAAAGCUGUUUAUUUGAAAAGAAA